AUGUCUGUUGUCGGUAUUGAUUUUGGUGCCCAGAGCACCAAGAUUGGUGUUGCCCGGAACAAGGGUAUUGACAUUAUUGUCAACGAGGUUUCCAACCGUCAGACUCCUUCCCUGGUCGGAUUCAAUUCCCGCAGCAGAGCCAUCGGUGAGGCCGCCAAGACACAAGAGACUUCCAACCUGAAGAACACCAUCGGCUCUCUUAAGCGCCUGAUCGGCCGUACUGCCAACGACCCCGAUGUUCAGAUCGAGCAGCAGUUCAACUCCUCCAACAUCUGCGAUGUCAAUGGAUUGGCUGGUGUUGAGGUUAACUACCUCGGCAAGAAGGAGAAGUUCACUGCUACCCAGUUGGUGGCCAUGUACUUGACCAAGAUCAAGGAUAUCACCUCCAAAGAGCUCAAGCUCCCCGUCUCCGAUGUCACUAUUUCCGUUCCCGCCUGGUUCAGCGAUGUUCAGCGCCGCGCUAUGAUUGACGCCGGUGAGAUCGCCGGUCUCAACGUCCUCCGUCUUAUUAACGACACCACCGCUACCGCUCUGGGUUACGGUAUCACCAAGCUCGACCUGCCCGGUCCCGAGGAGAAGCCCCGCCGUGUUGUUUUCAUCGACAUCGGUUACAGCGACUACACUGCCACCAUUGUCGAGUUCCGCAAGGGUGAGCUGAACGUCAAGUCUACCGCCUGCGACCGUCACUUCGGUGGCCGUAACUUCGACCAGGCUCUGACCGAGCGCUUCGCCGAUGAGUUCAAGGAGAAGUUCAAGAUUGAUAUUCGCACCAACCCCAAGGCCUGGUCCCGUACCCUGGCUGCUGCCGAGAAGCUGAAGAAGGUCCUGUCCGCCAACCCCCAGGCUCCCCUGAGCAUCGAGUCCCUCAUGGAGGACACCGAUGUCCGCACCCUGGUCAAGCGUGAGGAGCUCGAGGAGAUGGUCAGCCCCCUCCUGAACCGCCUCACCGUUCCCUUGGAACAGGCCCUCGCCGAGGCCAAGCUUACCGUCGAGGACAUCGAUCAAAUCGAGAUGGUUGGUGGCUGCACUCGUGUGCCCUCCAUCAAGGAGACCAUCAGCAAGUUCUUCGGCAAGACCCUGUCCUUCACCCUUAACCAGGACGAGGCCAUUGCCCGUGGUGCCGCCUUCUGCUGUGCUACUCUCUCCCCCGUGUUCCGUGUCCGUGACUUUGCCAUUCACGACAUCGUGAACUACCCUAUCGACUUCACCUGGGAGCAGUCCCCCGACAUUCCCGAUGAGGACACCAGCCUUACUGUCUUCAGCCGUGGUAAUGUCAUGCCCUCGACCAAGAUCCUCACUUUCUACCGCAAGCAGCCCUUCGAUCUCGAGGCUCGCUAUGCUAAGCCCGAGCAGCUGCCCGGCAAGAUCAACCCCUGGAUUGGCCGCUUCUCCGUAAAGGGUGUCAAGGCUGAUGCCAACGAUGACUUCAUGAUCUGCAAGCUCAAGGCCCGCCUGAACCUGCACGGUAUUCUGAACGUCGAGUCGGGUUACUACGUUGAGGAUAUGGAGGUUGAGGAGCCCGUUGAGGAGGAGAACGCUGAUGCCAUGGACACCAACGGCGAGGAGCAGCCCAAGAAGACCCGCAAGGUCAAGAAGCAGGUCCGCAAGGGCGACCUGCCCAUUGCCUCUGGCACCGGCGGCGCUGACCAGGCCACCAAGGAGACCUGGACUGAGCGCGAGAACUCCAUGUACAUGGAGGACAAGCUCGUUGCCGAGACCGACGAGAAGAAGAACGAGCUUGAGGCUUCCAUCUACGAGCUCCGUGACAAGAUCGACGGUGUUUACUCCGAGUUUGCCAAUGAGGAGGAGAAGGACAAGCUGCGGGCCAAGCUGACCGACACCGAGGACUGGCUGUACGAGGAGGGUGAGGACACCACCAAGUCCGUCUAUGUCGCCAAGAUGGAUGAGAUCCGCUUCAUUGCCGGCCCCAUCAUCCAGCGCUACAAGGAGAAAGUCGAGGAGGAGCGUGCCGCCGUCCUCAAGGCCGAGGAGGAAGCCGCUGCCAAGAAGCGUGCCGAGCUCGAGGCUAUGAAGAAGGCCGCCGAGGAUCUGCGCAAGGCCGAGGAGGAGCACAAGAAGAAGCUCGCCGCCGAGUCCGGCGAUGCCGAGAUGCAGGACGCUCCCGAGGGUGAGGCUGCCCCCGCCGAGGGCGAGGACAAGCAGUAG